GAAAAAAAUAUAUAUAUUUAUACGAUAUUUACUGAUCACAUUGCAUAUAGCUAUAUCAAUGUCCAAUAGUGUCCAUAGCUAUCUGCAAAACCGCUCAUUGAAUUGUGAAACCAUGUACUAAACCAAAUAGAUUAGAUUAAACAUUAGUUUGACCAAUAAUACAACUCAUUAAUGAAGGCAAAACAAAACUUAUAAAUGACUUGGUCAUGGCCAAUAAGCACAACCACAAAGCUCGGACUUAAUCAAAACAUAUCUUUGUCUCCUGCAAAACUUUUUUCUUUGAUUCCCUUUUAGUUAUGUAUCCUCUCCUAUCUCCCAAAUCUCCUGCAAAAAAAUGGUUGGGAUUUGUAACAGCCAUCUGGGUUCAGGCAGUCAGUGGCAACAAUUACACAUUCUCAAACUAUUCUCAUGCUCUGAAGACCCUCAUGGCGCUUACACAGCUUCAACUCAACAAUUUAUCUGUCGCCAAAGAUAUCGGCAAGGCCUUUGGGCUGCUCUCCGGCAUGGCUUCAGAUCGUUUGUCGACUUCUACAAUUCUCAUGAUCGGAUCACUUGAGGGUCUUAUUGGAUAUGGAGUUCAAUGGCUGGUUGUUAGUGAGAGAAUCAGGCCUCUUCCAUAUUGGCAGAUGUGCAUAUUUUUGUGCAUGGGGGGCAACAGCACAACAUGGAUGAACACUGCAGUGCUAGUAACUUGCAUGAGAAAUUUCACAAAAAACCGGGGUCCAGUUUCAGGCAUCUGCAAGGGUUAUGUAGGAUUAAGCACAGCAAUCUUCACAGACUUGUGCACUUCUCUAUUCUCCUCAAGCCCCUCCAAAUUUCUUCUCAUGCUUGCUAUAGUCCCUGCCAUUAUCUGCAUAGCGGCGUGCAUAUUCCUCCAAGAAACCCCACCCGCUUCGAGUCCAUCAGAGGAAAAACAAGAAGCAGAUGUCUUCAACAUCUUCAAUAUCCUCGCCAUUGUUGUAGCCGUCUAUCUCUUGACCUUUGACAUCACUGGACCUCAUGGUCAUGUUCUCUCUUUGGCAUUUGCAGUAGGACUAAUUUUCUUGCUAGCUAUGCCUUUGGGUGUGCCUUUGUACACUUUUCUUUGCACAUCCGGAUCUAAUAGUUUUGAUAUAGAGCGUAAAACACUUGAGGAUCCCCUGGUUGUUCAAAAAGCACUGGUGGCAGAUUUUGAAGAAUCAAAGCAAAGACCAUCGAUUGGGGACGAUCAUAACAUAGUCCAAAUGUUACAAACAUUUGAUUUUUGGAUACUGUUUGGGUCCUUUCUCUGUGGCGCAGGCACUGCAAUGUGUGUCAUGAACAACAUGGCGCAGAUGGGGCUGGCACUCGGCUACUCAAAGGUCUCUAUUUUCAUCUCACUUCUUAGCAUUUGGGGCUUUUUCGGGCGCAUAGUCUCCGGCACGAUCUCUGAAUACUACAUUGGGAAACAUGCCAUGCCUAGGCCAUUUUGGAAUGCAAUUGCUGAGAUCCUAAUGGCAAUGGGAUACCUAGCCAUGGCUCUAGCCAUGCCUGGAUCUCUCUACAUUGGCUCAAUUUUUGUGGGCAUGGGCUAUGGGUUCCUUCUCACUAUAACAGUCCCAGUUGCCUCAGAGCUAUUUGGUCUCAAAUACUAUGGUCUUUUGUACAACAUUCUGAUCCUCAACCUUCCUUUGGGUUCUUUUCUCUUCUCCGGUUUACUUGCUGGUUAUCUCUAUGAUGCUGAAGCUACAAAAACCAGUGAAGGGGGCAGCACUUGUGUCGGGUCACACUGUUACCGGCUUGUGAACUUGAUCAUGGCCCUUGCUUCUGUUUUGGGACUUGUACUGGAUGUGUUGUUGGCCUUUAGAUCAAAGAAAGUGUACACCAAGAUUUACGAGAGCAAGAACAAGAAGAAGAUCAUGGGUUUUGCAGUAUCAGCAAGAUACUAAGCAACUUUUCCGUAGCAAUCAUAUAUUUGUGCAUAAAUAAUGUUGCAUUCCCUUUUGUAAAUUCAUAUAUUUAUUUUGUGCAUAAUUUCAUCUUAAUUUGUGUUGUAUCAUUGUAUUAAUUACAACAGUUUUGUAAUCUUUAAGUCAAAUAUUGAGAAAAUAUUUGUGAGUGAGAAUUCUUCUAUAUUAUUCACAAUUGUGUAAGGGAUAUAUAUACAAAACCCUAUUGUACUAUACUUGUACUACACAUUAGUACAAUCUAGUAUAGGAAACUAAUUCCUAUAAGGAAACUACUGAAUACACAUAUUCUCUAGA